AAAAGUUUGGGUUCGAUUUUAGUACAGUAGAACUCAUGGACAAAUUGCUGCAUCAGACUUAUGAAGAUGAGAUCCACUCUCUGCAGGAAGAGAUUAGAAUCUUGGAGCAACAGGCCAAAAACAGUCAAGUUUAUUCAGGAGCAUUUCUGAAAACAAUGGAUAUGCAAAGAGAGAAGUUCAGUCUGCAAAAUCUUCAAUCAUGGAAAUGCUCGUGUACUGAUCUAGAAGCACAACUUGAGCAAACUGAAUCUCAGAUUGCGUUGCUAACCCAGUUAACUGGCAUUGGCUUCACUAAAUGCACCAUAACAACAGUGGGGACAGGUAAUGAGAAAGCAAAACAGUACAGACUAUCAGGUUAUAGUCAUUCGCUACAGUUUGAGCUUGAAUUUAAAUUAACUGAGAUUCAGACUAAAGAAAGUGUCAUAGCCAUUGUUACGGAACUGAACAUUAUUUUGGAAUCAAGCGAGUUUUGUGAUUUGAGCCGAUUCAUAUCUAGAGCUGAAGAAAAGAAGAAUCUCCUGCUAUUUUUCAGAACGCUCUCAGCCUUUGCAAAAUGGUAUGAGUAUCGCCAAGUCACUUUCAGACAUUUCAAGGAGAAAUACCCUGAAGUAGUAAGACUUCCAGAGGGCUCAAGUGCUGAAUAUCUGAUACUGGAAUGCUCCAAACUUCCUGGAGUUGAGCUGAAGAUUUUCUGGAAAAUACUUGUAAGUGAAGAAGGAGUUGUUACUCCAGUUCUGGAUCUCUUGACAAAAGUACCAGCAGAGGCACUCAACUUCGACACCAAAAAUGUUGCAGACAGUGCACCCAGCAGCUUUAGAAAUCUUCUACGCCUGUUUGGAAUCGAGGCUGCUAUAGAUUGUUUAAUUAAACUGAUGUGAAAGCAAGCUUAAAAUAAACACUGAUUUCCAAUUUAA